AUGUUCCCUGAUCUCUUUCAAUCGCUGCCUAUCUCGCCCUCGUCGACUGAUGAUGAAUACGUUGAUCCAUCUUCAUUACUUCACCACCACCACCAAGACGAUGUGGUGGAUCCCUUUGAUCAAUUCGUCAAGUUUGAAGACGUUGACUCUUCUACCAUCACAUCAACAGCAUCCUCAUCAUAUCCAUCACACACACUUGAAAGCCCUGUAGCAACCCCAGCAACUACAACCAUCAACGAACCUCCCCUUCAACAACAACAACAUCCCUCUCCCUCUACUAAAUCACAACGUCCCACACGUCAGCUCGAAUGUUUCAACUGCCAUGUCACCAAAACUCCCUUAUGGCGACGUACUCCUGACCGAGCACAUUCUCUAUGCAAUGCUUGUGGCCUCUAUUACAAACAAUACAACCAGCAUCGUCCAUUACACAUGCGACAAAAGAGCUCAAACAAGAAACACCAAAAUCAUCAUCAACAGCAGCAGCAGCAUCAGCAACAACAAGCAGCCCUGGUGGCCAACCUUCUCAAACCAUUAAUGACCGCUGCAGCAGCAUCCGCAGGUACCAAACGAUCCGCGGACAUGAUGUAUGAUGACGAUGAUAGCAAUACAUCAGGAGGAGCAGCUAAGCGACAACAACAGCAACAACCAUUAAGCAAUAUGGACGACACCCGAUUCCGUAUCCUCAUCAGCCAAAUGAACAAGCAACAAAUGCAUGGUUUCCUUGAAAUGCUGGAGCAUCGUUGCGAGAUUUUACGCAGCGUUUUGUAUCAUCAAGAAUAG